GUAGACGUACUAUUUCAAGCGUUUGAUUAACAUCGACUAAAUUAUAAGAAUCCGUUUAUUUAUUUUUUUAGCAAACAUUUUUUUAUUCCUUCAAUCAUACUAGUGAACUGUUCGAUACAAUGAAGAUGCUGCAGUGAUAGAAGACACAACAUGGCUUUGGAUGACCAAGAGAAAAAGUCAUCGGAAAGAAAAAGAGAAAAAGAAAGCCCCCCAACAAAAGUUUUAAUAAGAAGAUUACCACCAAGUUUAACUCCAGAAACUCUGCUUGAGCAGUUGUCUCCCUUGCCAAGCCAUGAAUUCUAUUUUGUUAGAGCUGAUAUGAGCCUUGGUCAGAAUGCCUUCACAAGAGCAUACAUUAACUUCCAGAGUUAUGAAGAUGUCUACAACUUCAGAGACCAAUUUGAUGGCUAUGUGUUUGUGGAUGGAAAAGGUAAUGAAUAUUCUGCUAUUGUUGAACUUGCUCCAUACCAGAAAGUACCCAGGAGAAAACCAAAGAAAGUCGAUGUUAAAAUGGGAAGCAUUGAACAAGAUCCCGAUUAUGUGAAGUUUUUGGAAUAUUUACAAAAUGAAGAGGCUGAGGAAACACAGACAAUAGAGGCUUACCUGGAGGAACUUGAACUCAAAGAGAAAGAUAUGAAAGCCAAAAAGUCUAUGAAAGUUUCUACACCAUUAAUUGACUAUAUCAGAAAGAAAAGGGAGGAGAAAAAACUUAUUAUACAGAAACAAAGAGAUGAAAGAAAGAAAAAAGAAUUGGAAAGAAGGAAAAUAAGAGAAGACGAUAGAAGGAGAAGAAGAGAAAAGGAACAAGAAAGAUUUACUAGGGAAAAAGAACGAGAUAGAGAGAGAUACAAGGACAAAGAAAGACAGAGGGAAAAGGAUCGUGAAAGGGAAUCUGACAGGAAAGAGAAAUCUCAAGAUGAGCAACCCAAACAGGUUCUCAAAAAGCCUGAAAAAGAUGAUGAGAAAAAAUCAGAUAAAGAUAGCUCAAAGGAGAAAGUGAAAGAUGGAACAAAAGAUGUCAAGCCAAAAGAAGAUAAAUACAGUGAAAGUAGCAAGAAAGAAAGGGAAAACCUUAGAUUCUCCAAAGAAAACAGGGAAAAGGAGAGAAGAGAGAAAGAAAAAAGAGAAAAAAGUAACAAAAUAGCUGCUGCACUUCUAGAUCAGAAACCUAAAUCAUCAAAAGAGGAGAAAUCAGAAGAGAAGUCAAAAUCAGAAGAAAAGAAGGGAGGAGAGUCUGAUAAAGGGAAAGAAUCUAAGCAAGAAGACAAAAGUAGAAGUGGAAAGUGGGAUGAUCCUCCAGAAAGAAAAGACUCUAGAGGAUCAAAGGAUGAUAAAUAUGAUAGACCAAGAUCCUCUAAGGAUUAUAAGGAAACUCGAUCUUCACAAGGUCGUCCAAGGUCAGGGAGAGACUGGGAUAGAGACAGGGACUGGGAUUACAGAGAUAGAGGCUACAGAGAGGAAAGGCCAAGAUCCUAUGCAGGACCAAGUAGAGACGAAAGAAGAAGACAAGAAACAAGUACAGAAAAAAGACCAUCAUCCUCAAGAAAAGAAUUUUCUUCAAGUUCAGAGAAAGAGACAUCAAAAGGUGACACUAAAUCCUCAGAAAAAUCAUUGGACAAAAAAGUUAGUGAUGUAAAAGAAAAGGUAGUGAAAAAAGAUAGUUCUAAGAAUGAUGUUGAAAAAGAAAAGAAAAGUGAUCAAUCAAAGGAGAAAGAUAGUAGCAACGGAGAGAACAAGUUAAAAUCUUCAGAUAGCUUUGAUGAUGAUAAAAAGAAGAAAAGAAGGGAGAGGCCUGAACGUGCAAUAUAUGACCCCAGAAAAGCUGCGGAGAGAAGAAUGGUUGGUACAAAACCAUCAGAUUCUGGUAAAAAUGACAAAUCAUCUGAUGACAAGAGCUCUGAGUAAUGGAAAGAAAAAGAAACAUACAAGGCUGGGCCUUGAAAAGAAAAAAAACAUGACACAUGCUCUUUAUGCAUUACUGCUUAGCAGUGGGUAUGUCAUUGGAAGCUCCUUAUGCAUUACUUGUAACUGUGAAUUGGUCUUUGUCAGAUUGUUCUCCUUUUGGGUUUAUGACUGUUAUGCAUGAACCUUGUGAAGUAUUUUCUUGUUUGUUAGUGAUAAUCAACAGUUGACUGUGUAUUCAUUAAUAAUUCUGGGAUUUUUGUGGAUAAUGAUGAACCAUAAAAAGUCAAUCUUCAACAAAACACAACUUCAAUUUAGACUGGUGUGCAAUAGUUUUCUAAAUCAUCAAGACUUUCUUCAUGAAAAUAUGAUUUUUAUCAAUCCACAAAAUUUGUGCCCAUGGAAACUACUGAAUAUAAGAUAAAAGAUGACAGCUGUUGAAUGUAUUUGCCUGUUUGUUAGUUAUUUAUUCUGAUUGCACAAAAAGUGACAAGGUUUGAAAAUGUUACAGAAACUGGAAUUUUGUUAAUGAAACAAGGUGAAGGAUAAAUGUAAGAAAUGGUAUGAUAAUUUAAUGGUAAUUGAAUGAUCUAUGAAUUGUAAGGCAAAUAAUACAAGAUAUAUUAUUGUUAAUGAUAUUAAAAUUAAUAAAUGUAUU